AUGAGCGUACAGAAGAUUCUUGAAGAAAAAUUAAGCGUAGCCUUAAAACCGACAUUCCUUGAAUUAGUUGAUAAAUCUUGCGGAUGUGGGACAUCAUUCGAUGCAGUCAUAGUCUCAAACAAUUUUGAUAACAAAAGAUUACUAGACAGACAUAGACUUGUUAAUGACAUUAUAAAGGAAGAAUUACCCAAUAUACAUGCAUUUUCUAUGAAAUGUCAUACACCUGUUGAAUAUGACAAUUUGAAAUCCAAAUGA